GGCCAAACUCCACUUCACUCUCUCUUCUCUCACCUCUAUGCUUUUUUCCUUUUUGAAUAUUUUAAAUCAUAGCGACAAAGUAUAUGAAAAGAUUUGUAUUAAUGGUGGUGAGGGAAUAUUAGUGAAAGAACAUCUUCCUCCCAGAUAAAAUUGUGUGGGAAGGAAAAUGGAGGAAGUUGAAGCUGCAAACAAAGCAGCAGUGGAGAGCUGUCAUGGAGUCUUGAAUCUCUUGUCACAACAAACCAAUGAUCCCAAGUCCAUAAUGUUUGAAACAAGAGAAGCAGUUUCCAAGUUCAGGAGUGUCUCCUCUCUCUUGUCUAGUGGGUCAGGUCAAAGGAAGAUUAAAAAACACAACAACAACUACUACAAGCUUAGGUCUCUUCAGUUGCCCCAACACAUCUUCCUGGAAAGUCCUGUUUUUAGUAAUAAUGCUAUAACUGGCUGCAUUCCAAUUCUAGCACCAAAGCCUCUUCGCAUUAUACCACCUGCUGCUCCUAGUUAUAGUGAACAGAGACAGGGUCAUCCUCCACCUAUGAUGCUUAACCAGAAAAUGUGUGUUGACAAGUCCUUUCUGGAGCUAAAGCCACCGUCGUCUCAUCAAAGUCCCUAUCAGUUUUUCCCCAACCACCAGCAAGGAGUGUACUCUAGGAGCAAUAGUGGUUUAAAUCUGAAGUUUGAUGGGCCUUGUGGUGGUAGUUGUUAUUCUCCAACUGUCUCAAACGGAUCAAGAUCGUUUGUUUCAUCUCUUAGUAUGGAUACUAGUGUGGCGGAUUACAACAGAAACUCGUUUCAUUUGAUCGGAUUACCUCAGGGAUCUGAUCAUAUCUCCCAGCAUUCAAGGAGGACAAGCUGCUCUGGUAGUUUGAAGUGUGGUGGUAGAAGCAAAUGCCAUUGUUCUAAGAAAAGGAAGUUGAGAGUGAGACGAUCGAUUAAAGUACCUGCAAUUAGUAACAAGAUUGCUGAUAUACCACCAGAUGAGUAUUCAUGGAGGAAGUACGGACAAAAGCCAAUAAAGGGUUCUCCUCAUCCUAGGGGGUACUAUAAGUGCAGCAGCCUGCGAGGUUGUCCAGCAAGGAAGCAUGUUGAAAGAUGUGUAGAUGAAACUUCAAUGCUAAUAGUGACUUAUGAAGGCGAGCAUAACCAUUCGAGAAUACUCUCUUCCCAAUCAGCUCAAACUUGAUUAACCAUCCCGUUCUAGUAUCUGUGGUUUACAAUUGUAUAUUCCACUUGACAUGAUGGUACUUACUUGGGAUUUUACUCUUGCAUGACAACGGUGGCUUCGGCCUUAUCUAAAUAUAGAUAAAAUGGUAUAAUCUAGAAGGGUUUUUGGUUUGUAUCAGAUGUUGGUUCAAUAGGUUUGGCUUCAGCCUUAUCUACAUAUAGUUUUAUAUAUGGUAUAGUCUAUAGAAGGGUUUUUGUUUUGUAUCAGAUGUUGGUUCAAUAGGUUUGGCUUUGUUGAGCAAAUGUCAACUGAUAUGUAUCUGAUAUGAUUUGGUUCCUCUA